AUGAACAACAUCACUGCGACGGUCAAGCACUCUGAUGGGUUUUCAGCACCAAGAGUUGUUAUUCAGAACCCUGGACAGGUGCCUGCUCCCGAGAUGAUCAGCUCGUAUGUCGAUGUGACGAUCGUUUUUGAAGGUCGAUAUGAACGCGUGCCGGAUCGAGACGCUAUGAAGGAGCAACUAGUUGAUCUACCUGGAAGCAGAGAUAACUACGGUGUUUUGAUACACUCGCUUCCAAAGUAUAUCAGUAACGUGAAAUUGAGGAGGCUCAUCAACGACCUCAAGAAGGACUUGCGAUUUAUCUAUACUACUGAUUUGGAGGAGGAUGUCUAUGAGGGUUUUGGGGGGGGGGUUCAUUUGAACGAUUUCUAA